CGUCAUACCGUAUUUCUGCGAACCGUUGAGUAGUAAUUCAAUUUGAAAAUCAUUUAUGAAUUGGCCUCAUGCCUUGUUAGCCUCAGUGGUGGGUGAUAAUGAGUCCCAUUGGUUCGUAAUUGCAUCGGUUAAAAUUGUUUAUAAAAAUGAGAACGAUAGCAUUGUGCCGGUCACUUGUGUUAAGCGUGUCGUAAGGGAAUUAUUUCUCUGUGUAACUCUUUGUGUGAGUGAAGAAUGGCAAUAGCUCAUAGCAUUUUACUGCUGCUUUUCGUGACGUCCAUGUGCGUGAUGGUGACAUUAGGCGCACCGAAUUUUUCCUACAUCAAAGGGAACGUGUCCUGCACGAUCGUGAAUCUUACCGGCGAAGGCAAGCCCGAAGACUAUUCCUUUCUCACUAACAGCACCGAGGAACUCAUUUUCGAUAACGCAACGAUCGGUGUGCUUGAUCUAACGCACCCGCUCGCUAGCAUACGGCCCUGGAAAGUGGUGCUCACCAACUCGAACGUUACACGCGUACUGUUUCCGGCAGCGAUGAGCGCCAGUGUAGUGCACCUGACGCACAUGGGCGUUGAGGAUGUACAGUUCGAAAACAACACAAGCUUGCAGGACUUCCGUGCCGACUACACUUCGCUGCAGGUGGUGUCACCGACCGUGUCCAAGCUGCUGACGCUCGACAUCCUCUGGAUAACGCACUCACAGCUGACCAACUUUAGCUUCGAUGUGUUGGAAAACUCGCCCGUCUCUUUGCUGUAUCUGGUGGGCAACAAGAUCGAGCUGGUCACGAUCACGCCCGGGCUGGUGUGUUGCCGCAAUUUGGAAGAACUAUUCCUCUCCGGCAAUCAGCUGAAACGGCUCGAUUUCGGCACGAUGGCACUGAUGAGCAAAUUGAAAACGAUCCUGCUGGAGGGCAACCGAUUGACUGAGGUGCAGCUAAACCUGCCGGAUAGGGAGCACCAGCAGAUGACGGUCAACGAGGCGGGCGAUGUGCAGACGUUUUGCUCGUGGCGUACGUACUACAUUGAGCAGGAGCAGAAGACUCAAGACGUGCCCAGGCCCAACUGUACCGACUACUUUGCGACACUGCUAUCGGUUCACAUGCCCAGGAACGCGUUUGAGCAUAUCGAUUUUGGCGUCUUCCGCCUGAUGAAUAAUCUAAACUCGCUGGAUUUAACGAAAAAUCGACUGCUGGAGCUGGUCGCAACCGAGGAGAAGGUGCCGAUAAGGUUGAGCGAGCUGUUCGCCUCCAACAAUAACAUAUCGGACGUAUAUCUACGCCCGUUCCCGGCAAUGAAAGCGAUCUAUCUGUAUGACAAUAAUGUAAAUGCGCUCAACAUGAGCAGCCUGCCAGAGGAGCUGGACUACUUGAACCUGGUCAACAAUCCGCUCGAUUGCAAUGAGCUACCGCAUAUAAACAGCAGCGUAAAAGCCCUGGGACCAUACACGGAGUGUUAGUGAAGCUGUGCUGAACUCUGUCCGCCGGCAAAAGAACUUGUAUUUCUGUUCAACUGUUUGUGAAUGUUCAGUUUAUAAUAGCUGCUCUUUGAGUUGUUUUAACUGUUUGUAGAAUAAACAUUAGAUCAGGGUUUGGUGGAAA